GUGGACCAGAGCAUGGCCGAGGAGAUGGGCCUGUUCCGUGUGAUUCCCGAGGAAGAACGGGAACUUCGAGCCCAGCUGGAGCGGCUUAGCCCCAAGGACCAUGGGCCUGUCUUUGGUCCCUGCUACAAGCUACCCCGCCAUACCCUGCAAAAGGCCAAGGAUGAGCUGAAUGAGCAGGAGGAGAAGCGGGCGGAGGCCGUGCGAGCGCUGCAGGAAAUGGUCCAGGAGCAGGCAGCCACAGGGCAGGAGUUGGCCGUGGCCGUGGCUGAGAGAGUGCGGGACUGGGCCAGCGCUUCCUUCCUGCGCUUCAUCCGUGCACGCAAGUUCGACGUGGGCCGCGCCUAUGAGUUGCUCCAAGGUUAUGUCCAGUUCCGCCUGCAGUAUCCGGAGCUUUUCCAGAACCUGAAUCCUGAGGCUGUCCGCUGCACCAUCGAGGCUGGCUACCCCGGGGUUCUCUCCAGCCGGGACAAGGAGGGCCGGGUGGUCUUGCUUUUCAACAUCGAGAACUGGGACAGUGAAGAGAUCACCUUCGAUGAGAUCCUGCAGGCCUACUGCUUCAUCCUGGAGAAACUUCUGGAGAAUGAGGAGACACAGAUCAAUGGUUUCUGCAUCGUGGAGAACUUCAGGGGUUUCUCCUUGCAGCAGGCGGCCGGGUUGCGCACCACCGACCUCAAGAAGAUGGUGGACAUGCUUCAGGGCUCCUUCCCCGCCCGCUUCAAAGCCAUCCACUUCAUCCACCAACCCUGGUACUUCGCCACCACCUACAACCUGGUGAAGCCGCUGCUGAAGAGCAAGCUGCUCCAGCGGGUCUUUGUCCACGGAGAGGAUCUGUCCAGCUUCUUCCAGGACAUCGACAAGGACAUCCUGCCAGAGGACUUUGGGGGCACGCUGCCCAAGUACGAUGGCAGCGCAGUGGCUGAGCAGCUCUUCGGGCCCAGGGCCUCAGAGGAGAACACGGUCCUCUAGGGCACCCCGUGGCCUGCACCCUGCUUCUGGGC